GGCGUAUAUAGUGACAUACAAAUAAUAGUCAAGCACGGGGCAUAUCAAGUGAUAACCCUAAAUUAUCAAUCAUUUAAGCUGCUUCCUUUCUUUUAUUUCUCUUCUCUUUCUUUUUUUUCCUUUUGCUCUCCAAUUUUGAAUUAUGAUUACUGCCCCUGCUUCAUGUGAAUUAUGCGGUUGUUGGUUACCUAGCCACUCUUCUGCUUGUCCAAGAAAUGGUGUUCAUCCAUCUCAAUGGAAAUUCGAUAUCAGUAAUGAGGAGCAGGAAGAAGUCUCUUUAUUAGAUGAGUUUGAG